AUGGACGCCGUCAAGCACCCGGAGCCGUUGCAGCUUUCCGGAAACUUGAGAAGAAACUGGCUACUGUUCAAGCAGAAGUUGGAACUCUACAUCACAGCGACGUCGUCAGACAAGCCAAUGAAGGAAGCUGUAAAAGCGGCAAUACUUCUCAGCACCGCAGGUGACGAUGCCUUGGACGUGUACAACAACUUCGUGUUUGCCGAAGAGUCCAAGGGUCCUCAGCUCGACUCGCCUAUUGAGGAUUAUGAGCGAUGGGCUGAGUCACUUCUAGCUGCCAGAGAGAAAGUCACGAGAACGCUGCACACCUCAGAGGAUGUCCCGGCAGUCGACAACCACCUUAUCCACCUCUGGGAGGCCAGGAGAGGCCUCACCAGAAGGUGGAAGAAGCAAAAACACAAUCGCAAGCUUAAAAUCAAGAUCGCUGAAAUUACACGACAAGCGGAGGAAUACGCGUGGACCUUAGCCAAAAACAACUGGCUAAUCAAGUGCGACUCAUUAAGAGGCGGGCUUGGCGUCAAGUCUACGUGGAGCCUCCUGCGAUGCCUCACCGAACCCAGCAAGACGAGCGGAGAGCAGCAGCGGAACCUCAAGAGAGCCCUCCACGGCUAUGAGGGUACGGACGAGCAGCUGGUGGCAGCCCUGACGAGCAAAUAUCUCUGUACGACCAAAGAUGACGAGCCUGUGUUGCAGUAUGAAGGCAAAGAUAAUCCAGAACUCGACAGAGACUUCGAAGUAGAGGAAAUACAGGCGGCGCUACUAACCAUGAGAAGAGGUACGACGCCAGGACAGGACAAAGUUACAGUCGGCUUGCUCGCCAACAUGAACAAGAAGAUGCUAGGCCAGCUGACGGAUUAUAUCAAUGAGUGCUGGAGAGCUGGCAAGCUGCCCCUGGCGUGGAAAUCGGCAGACGUCUGCUUUAUCCCUAAGCCAGGCAAAGAGGCAAAUAUUAACAACCUCCGUCCGAUUUCGCUCACGUCAUGUGCCGGCAAGCUGAUGGAGAAAGCAGUGCAUGCCAGACUUUCAGCGUAUUUGGAGGAAAGCGAUUACAUGCCCCACACCAUGUUUGGCUUCAGGGAGCGCCUAUCCACGCAAGACGUACUGCUGCAGCUCAAGAUGGAAGUUAUUGACCCACCCAACAAACGCAGUAGCAGAGCCAUCUUAGCCCUAGAUCUCAAGGGCGCUUUCGAUAAUGUGAAGCACUCAAAGAUCCUAGAGAACCUGCGGAAGACACAGUGUGGAAGAAGGACUUUUGAAUACAUCAGAGACUUCCUACUAGACAGACAGGCUCAUGUAAAAAUUGGAGAUUUUAGGUCCCAGCCAAUCCCUAUGGGCACCAGGGGACGUGAGCGAGAUGGGCCGCAUGUUCUCCGGCGCAAGAGGUUUGCCUGGUUUCGGGAUGAGCACCACUGA